GGGAGGACGAACAGCAAGCAACAGCCUGAUUCAAGCCCAGGUACCACACAAGCCCGCGGCCAGGAUAGCCGUCGCAAGCGUACGCUGCGGAGGCGUGCGGCAGCAGGUUCAAGUUCUUCCGCGGCCAGGCUCCAUGUCGUGGCCAAGAACCCGCCGAUUUUCGACAUGUGGCACACAGGCUUUGUGCCAUCGUCUGUGCCGCCGUACAUGCUGGCCCUCCAAGGGGAAGAAACCCCGGGUGCAGAUGGGGAGCCAGUGAUGGACACUGGUCCGGUUCCAGACCUGAAUGAGGCAGUACGGCAAGCCAACAUAGAGCUGCAGACAGAGAACAAAAAUCUGCAUGCGCUGGUCACCUCAUUGCACGAGAAGAACCACAAGCUCACCCUCAAGUUGUCGGAGCACCAGGACCAGGUGGACUCGCUGCAGAGCAAGAAUGACGAACUGCACAACCGAGGGGAAGAGCUCAAGUACGAGCUGAGCAAGGUGCGCGCGUGUGAGAAGCUUGACUGUAACCUGGCCGACUGCCUGCAGCGCAUCAAGAGCUUCCAGGUGGACGGCGUCAACACUUUGCCCCUGGUUGCCUGUGGCGGGGGCUGUGGCGGUGGUGGCGGAGAAAGAGCCUCCCUGCGCUCGGAGGACCUGCAGAGCCAGCUCGAGGAACAGCGGGAGCUGGCAUUGGCACGGCUGCUGGAGCUGGAGCAGCUUCAACAUGACCACAAGGAGGUCCCGAAGACGGUGGAGCGGCUGCGAUCGCUGCCCGAGAGCCUGGUGGUGAGCACGGCCGAGUACAAGUGCCUGCAGAGCCAGUUCUCCGUGCUGUACAAUGAGAGCAUGCAACUCAAGACUCAGCUGGACGAGUGUCGCUCCUUGCUGUCGACAGCCAAAAACUCACACCUUCACCACAUUGAGCAGAUGGAAAGCGAGGAGCUGGUUGUCCAGAAGAAGCUUUGCUUGGAGGUCAUCUGCCUCGAGGACAACAUCGCGCAGAUUUGUCGAGAGUACGAGAAUCUACGCAUUGAGUUUGAGGCGUCGUCGGUGUCCAGCGAACAGGCUCAGCCAAUCAACUGGGAGAUGCGGCACAUUAUAACGAGCCUGCAGAGCCACAACAGGCAGCUCAAGAGCGAGGUCUCCCGCAGCAAGCGCAAGCUGCGCGAGGCCCAAUCAGAGACGCAGAAGCUGAAGCUGGCUGCUGACCAAGGGUGCCGUCCCGGGCCUUUGCCAGAGUCGGGAGCUCCAGUUUUCGCCAGGAACUUCCGUCCUGGCCCAACCUGGUCUGCGGGACAGGUGGUGUCUCCUGCCAGUGCCUGAUCGCUGCUCGUGCGC